AUGGAUGAUGAAUCAAGUGGUGUGGUGAAGCUGCUAGUUCGUGGUCGAAAACGAUAUCGAAUAAAGUCAUAUACUUCAGAGCCAAAAAAUAAAACUAGGAAGGUAUUACAAAAAGACGUCCUGCUAGAAAUUCUCUCGAAGCUGCCUGCCAAGUCUGUACUCAGGUUUAGAUGCGUCUCAAAAGAGUGGUAUGGUCUCACCAAAUCUUCUUAUUUCAUUGCUAGACAUGUCCUUCUUCAUCGCUCUCGCUCUGCUCAGAAUCCCGGUCUUCUCCUUGUCUCGAAAGUAAAGAUAAGCGCUAAUGAAAAAGGCGUCAAGCUUGCAUUGCUUCGUGAGGAAGAAACAAUACUUCCUGUGCCUUUCUCUUUCCGUCCCCCUAAAAAUCCUCAAAUCUUUAGCCGCUGGAAACAUUUUGCCCUUUUGGGAUCUAGUAAUGGUUUAGUUUGUUGUGUUCUGUUCAUUCAGAAUGAGAUAAAAAAUGAGAAGUAUAAUACUAGUACUGCGGAGGUGGAGGUGAAGGAAGCUGCUCCUGCUCCUCCUGGGCGUACUGAAUUAGUAGUAGUAUGGAACCCGGCAACAGAACAAUUUAGGUAUCUCCCACCAAUUAAUCCUUAUGAGGAGGAGGAGAAGGAGGAGGGCAAAGGCAUCCAAGGGCAUCGUCGAGUACGUAAACGGUGGGAUUCUUGUAAGUGUAACUAUCCUCUUUUAGGUUUUGAUUUCUUACCAGAGAUUAGUGAAUACAAAGUGGUGAGAGUUUUUCCGGCAGCUUAUGGCGGUAAUGACGACGACGAAGAAGACGAUGACAGUGAAAAAGUAGUUAUAUUUCAAGCCCAAGUGUUCCUCCAAAAUACAAAUUCAUGGAAAGAUGUCGAAGACAAAUUAGAGUUUCCAUCAUUUAAAGUUUGUCUAACAGCUGUUUCGGUUACCGUGAAUGGAGUGAUGUAUUGGUUGGUAGAGCAAACGUCGGCGGAGUACUAUCUUGUGUCAUUCAAUUUACAUGAAGAGGCUUUUUAUUUGAUACCACUACCAAUAGAAUGGCGUCGUCUUGGUAGAGAAUUUGAUUUGGAACCAUGGAAUAAUAGUUCAGUUGCAAUUCUAAGAUGUACGAAUAAUCCAGAAAAUGGCGAUUUGGAGCGAGUGCUUUGGGUGCUCACUCAUGAUCAAGAAUCUAAGAAGCCAGUUUGGGUUCAACAAUUUAGAAUCACAACCGAAGUAUUUGCAGGAGCACGGAUCGGAGGAGUUUGGAAGGAUCAAUAUAUUCUCUCCAAACGAUUAGAAUAUGAAGAUGAUCCAAUUGAGCCGGAUGAAAACUUGUUUGGGUAUGACCAUGGAAGCGACACUAAAAAGCUUCUCAAUCAUGGCCAAACCGACUGGUUUUAUGGAGGAGUACAUUAUGUGGAGAGCCAAGUUCCAGUCUAG